CCAGCCCGCCCCCUCUACCCCAGCACUGUUGGCUCUCCUUUCCUUUUUCUCAUUGGGUGUAGUUCUUGAGCAGCUCUUGACUAUGUCUGAAACCGCCCCUGCGGCAUCAAGUACCCUUGUUCCAGCUCCUGUGGAGAAGCCUUCAUCUAAAAGGGGAGGGAAGAAGCCUGGCCUGGCCACUGCUCGCAAACCUCGGGGUUUCUCAGUUUCCAAGUUGAUUCCCGAGGCCCUUUCCAUGUCUCAGGAACGGACAGGAAUGUCCCUUGCUGCCCUGAAGAAGGCCCUGGCUGCGGCCGGCUAUGACGUGGAGAAGAACAACAGCCGCAUCAAGCUGGCCCUCAAGAGACUCGUGAAUAAGGGAGUCCUGGUGCAGACCAAGGGCACCGGCGCCUCCGGCUCCUUCAAGCUCAGCAAGAAGGCGGCUUCUGGGAAUGACAAGGGCAAGGGCAAGAAAUCUGCUUCUGCCAAGGCUAAGAAGCUGGGCUUGUCCAGGGCCUCGAGAUCUCCCAAGAGUAGCAAGACCAAGGUUGUCAAGAAGCCGAAGGCCACGCCUACGAAGGCUUCUGGGAGCAGAAGGAAGACCAAAGGGGCCAAGGGUGUGCAGCAGCGCAAAAGCCCCGCCAAGGCGAGGGCAGCCAACCCCAGCUCUGGGAAGGCAAAGAUGGUCAUGCAGAAGACCGAUCUGAGGAAGACAGCAGGGAGGAAGUAAGUUUCAAG